GUCCAUGAAUGUUCUACCGCGCAGGCGCAGUUAUGACGUGACGUAAUUGUCCAUUCAUACUUUUUGUUCAUUCAAUGAGACAAAUAUUUUAUUGACGAAGUGUUGUGUAAAUCAAAUUACAACUGAGACUGUCUAAGUCAAAUUCGUUAUGAGUUAUAUUUUGCUUUUUAAUCCAGUGAAGUGAUUAUUUGUGUUAGCUAGACGUAAAGUGCAUUCAUUGAUGAAUUAAAAGUGCACGUAUUGAGCACAUGCGCAAUGGAAGUAAAAAUCAUUCAAUUUUAACUGUGCUGUAAAUCUAAGAAUGUGGGAAAAUAAAACUUUUUACAUAUUUUCUUAUGUUCAAAUUGGAACUGGCCAGUUACUUCGAGCUUGUUAAAAACAGGCUCAAGUAGAACAUUACGACACUCCGGAAGUGGCGGGACAAGCCGGCCGAGGGGCUCGUUCCGAAAGAGAUAACAGCGGAUGAAAGAGAUAAACAGUUAUGGAUUUAACAUGGCGGACGAAACGCGUAAAGUGCGAGUAGAAGAAAGAUUGAAAAUUAAGAUAGGUGAAGCUAAGAAUUUACCAGCUCGCAACAAUGGCGCCGCCUGCCACCGAGACAUAUACUGCGUGCUGUCGCUCGACCAAGAGGAAAUAUUUCGUACUUCCACUAUGGAGAGAACACUUAACCCAUUUUUUGGCGAAGAAUUCCAGUUCGAGGUACCACGAAGAUUCAGAUAUCUGUCCAUAUACGUGUUCGAUCGUGACAAACAUCUCAAACAAGACAAAGUUCUCGGCAAAGUUGCAAUCAAACGUGAAGAUUUACAGCGAUACAAUAACAAAGACCACUGGUUCGCCCUGCGGCCGGUCGACGCGGAUUCAGAGGUUCAGGGAAAAGCCUACAUCGAACUUACGCUCGAGGAUUCUAGGAAACGACUGCGCAUGGACCCGAAACCACCCGACCCGGACCCGAAUGCCGACAACUGCUCGACGAAGACGAAAGCUAAAAAUCUCACUAGGUUAUCGGAAUAUUGUAAGGAAAGCAUGAGGUUCGGGUCGUGUUCGAGCUCGACUAGUAAAAAGCUUCUCAGUCCCGUUUCGACGGAACCGUCGCUGGCUCUGUCGCGGUCGGAAAGUUUAAAGGACCGCGCACAAUGGGCAGUACGGACGAAACCCCCGAUGCAUGCGAUGUCGGAAUCUGACGCCUCACCCACACCCACCGCUGCCGACUACUGGUCGGACCCUGAAAGACAUUGUGCUGCUCGCGUAGGGCCUGACACUUUAAGACUUAGAGUAUUAGAAUGUUCAGAACUUACGACAAAGAACGGCCAGUGCGAUCCGUUCGCGCUCGUCACAUUAUUAUAUUCCAAUGGACGAAGAAUCGAAAGACGCACUAAACCCAGAAAGAAGACGGUCAAUCCCCAAUUUGAUGAAAUUUUCUGUUUUGAUCUCGUGAUGGAAGCCGAUCCUAAAGACAAAGAUGGCUCCCAAGCGGCCGGAGUAGCUUGUGAAGCAAGGGUAUCAGUUUGGCACGACGGCGCAACACCAGUAUUUCUUGGCGAAGUACGAUUACAACUAAGGCAGCCAGCGCCCGCUCCUCUUUGUGCAUGGUUUUUCCUAACGUCAAGGGCGGGUGGAGCCUUAUCCCGAGGUGCGACUCCGCCUGGUACUCGGCUGUCGGCAGCUGGCAGCGCUACGCUAGGUUCACUACGAUUGCUAUUACAGUACACUGUAGACCACGUGUUCCCGCUGCACCACUACACCCAACUCGAGGAGUUGUUCCUCAGGAGCGUUCAGCAGAAGCCUAUCACAACUUCAGCAGUGUAUAUCCUCGGCGAGAUAGUGUCGAGCAAGACAGACGCAGCGCAACCUCUGGUUCGACUGUUCACACACCACGAUCUCAUUGUGCCAAUCGUGAAGGAGCUCGCGGACGCUGAGAUAUCGGUCCUCACCGACGCGACGACGAUCUUCCGCGGCAACACGCUGGUGUCGAAGAUGAUGGACGAGGCGAUGCGGCUGUCGGGCGCGUCGUACCUGCGCGCCGUGCUGCGGCCCACGCUGGCCGCCGUGCUGGCGGAGCGCCGGCCCUGCGAGAUCGACCCCGCGCGCGUGCGCCCCGCCGCCGCCGUCGCCGCGCACCUCGCCAACCUCAAGGACUACGUCGAGCGGGUGUUCGCGGCCAUCACGGCGUCGUACGCGCAGUGCCCGGCCGCCAUGUGCCGCCUGUUCGACGCGCUGCGCCAGUGCGCCGUGCGCCACUUCCCCGCCAACGCGGAGGUGCGCUACUCCGUCGUGUCCGGGUUCAUCUUCCUGCGCUUCUUCGCGCCCGCCAUCCUCGGCCCGCGCCUCUUUGACCUCACCACCGAGCAGAUUGAUCCCCAAACAAACCGAACGUUGACGCUGAUCUCGAAGACGAUCCAGUCGCUGGGCAACCUCGUGAGCAGCCGCUCGGCACAGCAGGUCUGCAAGGAGGAGUACAUGGCCGAGCUGUACCGCAGCUUCUGCACGCCUAGACAUGUGCAAGCAAUAAAACAGUUCCUAGAAAUAAUUUCCACAAGUUCGGACACACAAAACAACAACGUUCAGGAGACUCCAGUACUGCUUAAAGAAGGGACGAUGAUUAAGCGGUCGGAGGGUGUUCGAGGCGGUGCGGGCUCCCCUAGGAGACGUUGGGCGCGCUCAGCGUAUGCGCACUGCAAGCGGAGACACUUCCGGCUCACCAGUGGGGAGCUGUCGUGGUCGCGCUGCGGCGCCAAGGGCUCCGGCGCGCACCGGCUGGCGCUGGCCGGCGUGCUGAGCGUGGCGCCCGUGGACUGCCCGCCCGCCGGCGCGCCGCUCGACGCCAACAACAUCUUCCAGAUCGUGCACCGCGAGCGCGUGCUGUUCGUGCAGGCCAGCAACUGCGUGGAGCGCGCCGAGUGGCUGCGGCUGCUGUCCGCGCUGUGCCGCCGCGCGCGCGCCGCGCCGCACCUCGGCUACUACGCAGACUCCAAGUGGACGUGUUGCUCGCGGCCGGAGCCGGACGCGGAGGGCUGCGGAGUGGCUGGCGGCGAGGGCGCGGAGGAGGUGGAGGGCGUAGAAGUCAGUCAAGGCCCCGCGGCGUUGGCCUUCCGCCUCGACCCCGCGCGCGACCUGCAACGCCUGCACGCCCUGCUCGUGGUGCACGUGCACCGCCUGGACGAGCGCCUGCACCGCCCGCCCGACGAUAUGAGUCCAGAAGAGCGUGAAGCGGAGGCGGUAACUUUACGUGAACUACAAAAAAUUAUGUUCGACCUCGAGCACCGGCAUUGUAUAUAUCGGAGAUCUUUAGCGAGAGAAACGAAAUAUGGUAGCAAACAAGCACCGAUAGGCGAUGACAAUUACUUACAUCUCGCGGGGGCCGCGAAUAACGUAGAUAGUGGUUCGUUUUUUUGGCGGCCGUGGCGAGGCGAGUCGUCCCCUACGAUCGAUCUCGACGGUAAAACUCUUCCGCUACAAACGUCAAACGACAUCUGCUCAAGUACCGAAUCCUUAAAACUAGCUCGACAUGGAGACGAGCGAUCUUCUGGCAAAUCAAACAAGUCCACCGGAAGCGGUUAUCUCACCAUGUCUUGCAUAAAACAUGAACCGUCGGAAGACAGCGACGCUUCGACCGGCAAGCCCGCCCGGCCUCCCAAACCCGCGCGCCUGUCGCCGUCACGCGCUCCUCUCGUGUCGCCCGUCUCGCCGCUCUGCGAGUACGUAGACGUCGAGCUCAAACCGCCAAUGCGUAGACCCAAGCCCGAUCUCACGCCUGCCAAACGACCAGAACACGACAUUUCCAGCCGUUGUAAAGAGUAUGAACUCAUGGCCAACUUUAUGAGUCAUGCGCAAACAUCCGACGAUGAUGCGCCACCCGCCGUCCCCCCGCGAGGCAACACGGUAGCACGGGUCCGUUUACAAGCUAAGCCGCUGGAUAUCGAUGUUACAAAAUCAGAUGAACACGUAACUUUUCGGCACGAAAAGGUCAGCGGCUCGACCACCAGUCUGCCGGAAGGCACCCAUUCGGAAGAUCGGAGAAAUCAAUCGGAAGGUACCGACGUUCGGCCCGCUAGUAAAAUUGACACCAUUUCGAACGACGAUAGCCUGCUAGAUGAAUUGCAACGAGAUACGUAUUGCGUUUUGAAAGUUUGCGAAGACGAGGGUUCGGAGCCCGAUUCGAGUGAAGUGAAACCCGAUGAACCGACGGACGUCAAAGAAAAAGAGGAAUAUGGGAUGUUUUCUAGAAUAAGUUUGCAGAGAAAAUCAAAUCCCAUCAAAACGCAACCGAGCUCGAUGAAACCUCUAAAGACUUCGAAUUCUACAUCGAACGUACACGACGCCGGAUCUCACUCGCGACCUUUCACUGAGAGACUCACGCCGUUCUUUCUCAAGAAGAAGUCCAAGCCGCCGGAGGACGCGCAGGCCUCGAGCAAGUGCUCGCGCAAGGAAGACAACCUGAUCGGGCGGCUGACCCCGCGCUUCGGACAGUCGCGGCUGUACGGGCGCGGCCAGUCGCUGGAGCUGGCGCCCGAGGGCCGCGCCAAGCGCAUCGAGCGCUCCGCCACCAGCGUGAACAUCCCCGCGCGGCCGCUCAACUCGUCCAUCGUGGCCAACCUGAAGUUCCUGACGCUGCACCGCUACGGCGCGCCGGACGCCGCGCCCGGCGCCGGCGCGGAGCCCGACGACGACGCGUGGCGGCGCCUGCUGGCCUCCGGCGACAUCCGUCUGUGA